CUUCCCGCCUACGAUCUUCCGACACAAUUGAAGCUGACGGCCGCACCAACGGAGGGAGGCGUUGACUCAUAAUUCUUUACUACUCAGCUUCACACUUAAUUGAUCCCUCUCAUUGAACACUUCCAUUUCUUCUCUUUGGUCAAACACCAUGGCGACCAAAAUAAUGCCCAUGAGGCCUGGCUCAACUGCCAUACGCUCCUUGUCGAGACGGAGACCCUCGUGUUCGCAAUCUUUUUCCACCACCGCUCCCGCGGCAGCUCUCUCACCAUACCGAAAGUCACAAAAACCAGCUACAGAGCAAUCGAGAAGACCGGCCACUACUGCCGCAGCACCUUCUAUGAGACCUACUCCGAGUCCUGCCUUCAACAAUGAUUUCCGUCGAUAUGAACCUUCGCCCUUGGUCAAUAGACAAACACCCGAGCUCGACGACUCAUUCGUCGGUCUCAGUGGUGGAGAAAUCUUCCACGAGAUGAUGCUGCGUUUGGACGUCAAGCAUGUCUUCGGUUACCCUGGCGGCGCCAUUCUUCCAGUGUUCGAUGCCAUUUACAAUUCAAAACACUUCGAGUUCGUUCUUCCUAAACACGAACAAGGCGCAGGACAUAUGGCAGAAGGAUAUGCCAGAGCUUGCGGAAAGCCUGGUGUCGUCCUGGUGACCUCAGGUCCGGGAGCUACCAAUGUCAUCACACCCAUGCAGGAUGCCAUGUCUGACGGUACUCCCAUGGUCGUAUUCUGCGGUCAGGUACCCACCACAGCCAUCGGCACAGACGCUUUCCAAGAAGCAGAUGUAAUUGGCAUCUCAAGAGCUUGCACAAAGUGGAAUGUCAUGGUCAAGAGUGUGGCCGAGCUUCCCAAGCGCAUAAAGGAGGCCUUCGAGAUCGCCACUUCAGGACGACCCGGUCCUGUGCUCGUUGAUCUUCCCAAGGAUGUGACUGCUGGUAUUCUGAGAAGACCAAUCCCUAUGCAAUCUACCCUGCCAUCACAUCCUUCCGCCGCAACAUUGGCCGCAAGGGAUCAGUCCAAAAGACAGUUGGCAGGCAGCAUUUCUCGUGUGGCUGACCUCAUCAACAUUGCGAAAAAACCAGUCAUCUAUGCUGGACAGGGAGUGUUGGCCACUCCUGAAGGACCCAAACUCUUGAAGGAACUUGCCGAUAAAGCCUCCAUCCCUGUAACGACGACUCUACAAGGUCUUGGCGGGUUUGACGAGCUUGAUCCCAAGUCCUUACACAUGCUCGGCAUGCACGGCUCGGCUUAUGCCAACAUGGCAAUGCAAGAGGCCGACCUCAUCAUUGCUUUGGGCGCCCGGUUUGACGACCGUGUGACAGGAAAUAUCGCAAAAUUCGCCCCACAAGCCAAGGCCGCUGCAGCUGCUAAGCGCGGUGGUAUUGUUCACUUCGAAAUCCAGCCCAAGAACAUCAACAAGGUUGUACAGGCUACCGAAGCCGUGGAGGGAGAUGUGACGGCCAACUUGGCCGAGCUCCUUCCCAAGGUCAACAACGUCAGCAGUCGACCCGAAUGGUUCGCCCAGAUUAAUGCCUGGAAAGAGAAAUUCCCAUUGAACGCGUUUGAAAAAGGAACACCUGACGGGCUGAUUAAGCCUCAAGAGGUGAUCGAGAAGCUUUCGGAUAUGACGGCUCAUAUGAAGGAGCGAACCAUCAUCGCCACGGGUGUUGGUCAGCAUCAAAUGUGGGCAGCUCAACAUUUUAGGUGGCGACAUCCUCGAACCAUGGUCACGUCUGGCGGUCUAGGAACCAUGGGUUACGGCCUUCCAGCAGCAAUUGGUGCUAAAGUUGCCAGGCCAGAUGCUCUCGUUGUGGAUAUUGAUGGCGACGCCUCGUUCAACAUGACUUUGACCGAAUUGAGCACAGCCAAUCAGUUUAACAUUGGCGUCAAGAUCCUUGUCCUCAACAACGAAGAGCAGGGUAUGGUGACGCAAUGGCAGGGUCUGUUCUAUGAAGAUCGCUAUGCCCACACACAUCAGAAGAACCCCGAUUUCGUCAAGCUUUCCGAAGCAAUGGGUGUACCGGCACGAAGAUGCAUCAAGCCUGCAGAUGUCGAGGAAAGCUUACAGUGGUUGAUCAGCGGCAGCGGCGAUGGACCAGCGUUCUUGGAAGUUGUGACUGACAAGAAGGUGCCAGUCUUGCCCAUGGUACCGGCUGGAAAGGCUCUACACGAGUUCUUGGUGUAUGAUGAAGGUAUGUUUCAUCCUCUCGGGACAGAUGAGGAGAUCUUGCUAACGAAUAUUAUAGCCAAGGAACAAGAACGAAAGGCCAUCAGAAAGCAGAGAACCGGCCGCUGAGCCCCCUUGGGCGGGUCCCUGCCUUUCAUUUAAUAUUCGGUCUUUUCGGUUUCCAACAGCGAUGUAUAGGCGACGUACGCAUUCACGAUAUUCAUUGAACUUUGGGCUCAUUUCGACAGCGAAGAAGCGAGGUUGGCUGAUGAAAAAGUCUUUGGGGCUGCUUGAAAAAGUUGCUGUUUCACCUUGGUCGAAUGCUCGACUGAAAAACAUAGCUAUUCCAAUGCCAACAUGAUUGUUGUGCUUAUCAGACCUUGCAGCUUCUCUUACUCUACCAUGAUGUGCUGCUCGGAGAGAUCCCCUACACGCUGCAGACUGCCAAUAUGUUG